CGCGGCGCCAAUUCAACCACUACUAAAUCUUUGGGCGAUGCACAAAACUUUUGGCGAGAUGCCCUGGAAGGCGAAGUUCUACCCGCAGAAGUUAUCAAUCGUCUUCAACAUAUGCUAUCUCCUGUUUCUGAUCAGUCUAGUCUUAGAUUUAUCGAGACAGGCCGCCUCGGAGAGGCAUUCAUUUACCAACAACUUAUCUCUUCUAUAAAAUCUAAUCAGGUCUAUUAUGCUUUUAAUGCUUGGCAUCUUUAA